AUGGCAAAUUCCUCUUCUUUCAACAGCCGUUACACUGUAAUAACCUUAGUAUUCCUUGUCUCAUUCCUUCUAACAAUUUUCCUCUUCAACAAAAGAGCUCUUGAGCCCACUCUUUAUUUCUACAGAGAUUUCUCUCCACAAACAACUAGUGCCUCCCACGUUUCGUUGCCAAAUUCAACCCUUCCUGACUCAGAAGAACCAGUGGAAUCAGUGAUUCAGCAACCCAUUUCUCAAAAUGAGACAAUUGAGUCCAAAAAUGGUGAUGAUUCGACAAAUGUGGAGGUGUCUAGUGAAAAUGAGAAAGACCCAGAUGGGGGCUUGGAGUCUGGUGAGGGUUUGAAUGAUAAUUCAACAAAUGUGGAGGUUUCUAGUGAAAAUGAGAAAGACCGAGAUGGAGAUUUGGAGUCUGGUGGGAAUUUGAGUGGUAAUGGUGGUGAUAAAUUGAUGGAGAGCUUGAAAAGUUGUGAUCUUUAUAGGGGUACUUGGGUGAAAGAUGAAGACUAUCCGAUUUAUAAACCGGGUUCUUGUCCUCAUGUUGAUGAGGCUUUUGAUUGCCAAGGUAAUGGAAGGAAAGAUUCUGAUUAUCUUAAAUGGCGCUGGAAGCCUAAUGAUUGCGAUCUUCCAAGGUUUAAUGCAACAGACUUCUUGACAAGAUUGAGAGGUAAGAGGCUCAUGCUGGUUGGAGACUCGAUGAACCGAAAUCAGUUUGAAUCAAUGUUGUGUCUCCUUCGUGAAGGCCUGCCUGAUAAGAGCAAAAUGUUUGAGAUCCAUGGCCGCAGAAUAACAAAGGGAAGAGGCUACUAUGUCUUCAAAUUUGUGGAUUAUAAGUGUACUGUGGAAUUUGUGAGGUCACAUUUCCUUGUAAAGGAAGGCGUGCGCAUAAAUGCACAAGGAAGCUCGAAUCCAACUUUAUCUAUAGAUGUAAUCGACAAGACAGCAGGCCGAUGGAAGAGGGCUAACAUUCUGGUUUUCAAUACUGGGCACUGGUGGGCUCAUGGAAAGACAGCUCGUGGGAAAAAUUACUAUAAAGAAGGUGACUAUCUCUAUCCAAAGUUUGAUUCACUUGAGGCGUACAGAAGGGCUCUGAGGACCUGGGGAAAGUGGAUUGACAAAAAUGUGAAUCCGAAAAAGCAGUUAGUAUUCUAUCGCGGAUACUCCUCAGCCCAUUUCAGAGGUGGAGAUUGGGAUUCAGGAGGGACAUGCAAUGGGGAGACUGAACCGGUUUUAAGUGGGUCAAUUCUCAAAAACUAUCCUGUCAAAAUGAAGAUAGUGGAGGAGGUGAUCCAGGAAAUGAAGAAUCCAGUUACACUAUUAAACGUGACGAGUUUGACCAACUUUCGAAAGGAUGGACAUCCUUCAAUCUUUGGCAAGAACGUAACUGCAGGGGUAAAGAUUUCAACAAGGCGCCAAGACUGCAGCCAUUGGUGUCUUCCUGGCGUCCCUGAUGCAUGGAAUGAGCUGAUAUAUGCAACUUUGGUUCAACAAAGAGUUUCCAAGAAUUGA